GCGAUAAAAACGUGACCUUAAACUUCCCAUCAAACAAGACACGCUAGAGAACUGUUGUGUUAACAGGUCACUUGUUCAUUCGUUUAAUAAAAUGGCUCAUUGUAAGCCCAUUCUAUAUUCAUACUUUAGAAGUUCAUGUUCAUGGCGAGUACGGAUUGCUUUAGCAUACAAAGGAAUUGAUUACGAAUGCAAAACAGUCGAUUUGCUGGCCGGACAACAGUACUCUGAAAGUUACCUGAAAAUUAAUCCUACUGGAGAAGUUCCUGUGUAUGUAGACAAUGGUAAAACGAUUACCAAUUCUACGGCAAUAUUGGAAUAUUUGGAAGAAACAGUGCCAAAUGCACCACUUUUGCCAACUGAUCCGGUAAAACGAGCACAAGUCAGAGGAUUGGUUGAUAAUAUAGUGGCAGGUAUACAGCCACUUCAAAACAUGAAAGUUCUAUUUUUCCUUGGUGAAAAAGCAGCCUCCUGGGGUGGCGAAAAAUCUGUCGCCUUUGGAAAACAUUGGGUGGAAUCUGGACUUAAGUCACUUGAAAAGAAACUUCAGGGAACGCAUGGUAAAUAUUGUGUUGGCGACAACGUCACUUUUGCAGAUUUAUGUCUUAUACCGCAAGUAUAUAAUGCUGAAGAUCGUUUUGAUAUAAAUUUAUCGAAUUUUCCGCUAAUUUCUGAGAUUAGUUCUAGAUUGAAAAAGCUAGAUGCAUUUGAAGUUUCUCAUCCUGACAAUCAACCAGACAGUCCAUGAAAAAGCGGUCUCUAAAGACAUUUUACAGAUGUUUCAAUUUUUCAUACUAAAUUUCAAUUUGUAAUGAUUAGGUAAUUAUGUAUAACACUUGGAUUGAAUUAUGGUUAUUUGAA